AUGAGUGAUUCACCAAAGUCGGACAAGGGUGAGACCAGAUUCCGCACACCCGCCCCAGAGUUGGACGACCACCGGUUCCAGGCCGAAAGUCUUCCUAGAGCGGAUAUCAUGGAGAAUCCCGCUGCACGGGGCUCUCUUGAAACUCGUGACCGGCCCGAUCUCCUGCCGGUCAGCGGCAACACAAUCCAAGAAAGAGCCCCGAUAUGCAUAGAUUUUGAGCAUGCAGUUAUCGAUGAUGACGAGGAUGAAAACCUAGACAGGCCUUUGCUGAGCCUCGUCGACGUGCAACGGGCAAACACAAUGGAGAGCCAAAUGCCUGGAGAGCGGGAACUCAACCUUCAUCGCACCAUAUCUGCUACCUCUCAUCACCACAAGCCAGCCUUUAGCAAUGCCAGCGUGGUUCAUCCCGGCAGCGUGGAUAUCCGCGUCAACCCAACGGAGGAGGCAGACGUAUGCUUCCCACCCCCACCGUUCGAAGAUACAGGUCGCUCGCCAAUAAUCGAUUAUGAGGAGCUUGAGGAGUUCGUUGCCCUUAGCAAGGCUAAGGCAGGUAAUCUUUCAGUGCAGCACGCAGCUCAACGCAAGCAUAGCAUCAGCGCUCAGAGCAGGCAAACUCUCAACUUCACGGGCAUCCGGAAGGGGAACAGCAAUGUCGAUGUCCCUGACAUUGUAAUGACACCUUGUGCCCCUGAGAAGUCAAACAACACCAUUCACCUACCCGUAGAUAGUGCCAAGGAUUCCGGCUCGGACGAACCAGACGACGAAAAGGCCGGCCUUGAGGCUAUGAAGAAUACUAACGGCCCACAGCGCUUCAGCUUCUUUUCCUCUGAGUUUGAAAGCACAGUCCACGCUGCUUCAAUUGGAGAUCUUGUCCUUCCAGGCGAUUCUUUCCGGGAUCUUUUCCAGCUUGGCCUCGAGGGAGGUGUUUGGUGGCUUGAUGUUGUCAACCCGACCAGUGACGAGAUGGGUGCCAUUUCUCGAGCUUUCUCUAUUCAUCCCCUGACUGCAGAGGAUAUAAUGACCCAGGAAGCCCGUGAAAAAGUCGAGCUGUUCCGUCAAUAUUACUUUGUUUGUUUCCGGACGUUUUACCAGGUGGAUAAGACCAGUGAAGACUAUUUAGAGCCUGUUAAUUUAUACAUGGUGGUGUUCCGGGAGGGCGUUAUUUCUUUUAGCUUUACUGAUAACCCUCAUGCGGCGAACGUGAGGAAGCGCAUUGGCAAACUGCGUGAAUAUGUCUCUCUCAGCAGUGAUUGGAUUUGCUAUGCCAUGAUUGAUGAUAUUGUUGAUAGCUUUGGCCCGGUCAUCCGUGAAAUCGAGGCUGAAUCCGAAGCUAUUGAAGAUGACGUCUACGUCGCCCGAAUUGAGGAUUUCAAUCUUUUCCUCCCAAAGAUUGGCGGUCUGCGCAAGAAAGUCAUGAGUCUUAUGCGCCUUCUUGGUGGCAAAGCAGACGUUAUCAAAGGUUUCGCCAAGCGUUGCAACGAGCAAUACUCUGUCACACCUCGCGGCGAUAUCGGACUUUACCUUGGCGAUAUCCAAGAUCACGUUGUCACCAUGAUGUCUAAUUUGGGCCACUUUGAAAAGAUGCUCAGCCGUUCUCAUGGCAACUACCUGGCCCAGGUCAACGUCACAAAUAUCAUGGUGGGCAACAGGGUCAACGAGGUGCUCAGCAAGAUUACUUUCUUGGCCAGUAUCCUUGUUCCAAUGAACUUAAUCUGCGGUCUUUUCGGCAUGAACGUGCAUGUCCCCGGCCAGAACGAUGAUAAUCUCCACUGGUUCUUUGGUAUCGUCGGGAUCAUUGUUCUCAUAUCCAUCGUCAGCUUGACUUUUGCUCGCCGAUAUAAGCUGGUGUAA